AUGCCUCCCCCGAACCCUUAUAUGAUCAGCCAACUGCGACAGCUUAUCUAUUAUCACUUAGACUGCAACCUCCUACGAAACGCUCUCUUCCUCGCAGGCCGACUGCAUGCAUACGAGCCGAGGUCCUCAGAAGCUGCAUACCUGCUAGCACUAUGCCAUCUACGGCUGGGACAACUGAAGGCGGCAUACGAUAGCAGUAGGAACUCUGGGUCGAGAGGGACACAUCUGGGAUGCUCCUACGUCUUUGCGCAAGCAUGCUUGGGCUUGGAGAGAUACGUGGAAGGUGUGACAGCUAUAGACCGGAGUAAAGGAUUGUGGUCAGCCAGGAACAGCUGGGGCAAACACACAGACACACGAAGACAACAUUUACCAGAUGCGGCGGCAAUUUUGUGUCUGCAAGGCAAAUUAUGGCAAGCCCAUUGUGAUGCGAAUAAAGCUAUAGAAUGCUACGCCGAGGCAUUGAAGCUGAAUCCCUUCAUGUGGGAUGCGUUCCUUGGGCUUUGCGUUUUAGGAGUCAACAUCCGGAUGCCGAAUAUCUUCAAGAUGACUCCAGAGAUGAUGAGUAUAUUGUCGAGCUCGACGAACGAAGAGACACCUUUAGGAGUACUCGACGAGUCUCCGCCUUCAAAUGCUCUUUCACAAUCACAAGUCAAUGUAAAUACCGCCAACCAACCACCUUCAAGCAACGAUCCGUUCAGCAUAUCCAAGAAUCGUAUAAAUGGGGACGUUCGCAACAACGCUGGUAGCUUGGCGUUGUUCGAAAAGUUCAAUAGCAAAAAGAAUAAUGUGACGCCAAUAGAGCCAAUCAUCCGUCCAGAUCCCCAGAUAUUUGACACUCCUACGGGUCCAACCGGAGGCGUGGAAGAAUCAAUAUUCUUGGGGAAAGAGAUCGGUGGUCGUGCUGCAGCUGCUCCGAUAUCGACUGAGCCACCAUUGGCACCACCCAGAAAAGAGCGGACUUUGCCUGGGCUCGGUAUGGAUUUCAGCAUUGAUGCCCCUCCAAAGAUGCGUUCGAGUUCGACAGUAAGAUCGAAGUCGAGGAGUAAGGGCGAUUCUGGAGAUCAAGACAAUGCUACAAUGAGCAGAUCAUCGACAACGAGCUACGGUGCUGGUGAUUUGAAAAGGACAGUUUCGGGCAAGGCUCCGCAAGCAACAGCAGCCGGUUCCCGGCCGGAAGCUGACACAUCCAAUGAUCCAGGAGCACCUCAGAGACGAAGCCAACGGCUUUUUAAUCAUAUGAGAACGCAAAGCGGCAGAUUUGCGGCUUCUACGGGCAGCAUCGGCGCGAAAGAAGGCAGGGAGCUCAAGAAGGCGAAGGCAACCGGCACGAAAGGCAGAAGCGCGAACACCUUCAAUGUUGGGCGUGUUGUCAGCGGAAACCGAAAACAUGGCGACCCGAUGGACAUUGACGGCAAGGAGCAGCGGCCCAUUGCACAUUCUGGAGUCCCUGCCGCCGCGCAGAAGCCUAUAGUGAAUGAGAAGGUGAAGGAGUUCGAAGGCCUCCAACAGCUUCUGGACCUGUUCAUGAAGCUUGGAAGCGGCUACUUCGCUCUUAGCCAUUACCAGUGCCAGGAUGCACUACGAUGCUUCAAUUCGAUUUCUCCAAGCCAGAGAGACACCCCCUGGGUGCUCGCUCAGAUUGGCCGCGCUUAUUAUGAGCAAGCAUCCUACUCGGAAGCCGAAAAGACAUUUACCCGAAUUAAAGCCAUGGCUCCAUCCCGCCUCGAAGACAUGGAGGUAUACUCCACUACCCUCUGGCAUCUCAAAAAUGACAUUGACCUCGCCUUUCUUGCCCACGAAAUCAUCGACAUCGACCGCAACUCUCCCCAAGCCUGGUGUGCGGUUGGCAACAGCUUCUCACUCCAACGCGAUCAUGACCAGGCUCUCAAGUGCUUCAAACGCGCCACCCAACUUGAUCCCAAAUUCGCUUACGCCUUCACUCUCCAAGGUCAUGAGCAUGUGGCGAAUGAAGAAUACGACAAAGCACUCUCCGCCUACCGCUCCUCCAUCGCUGCCGAAAACCGCCACUACAACGCCUGGUACGGUCUGGGUAAAGUCUUCGAGAAGCAAGGCAAAUACGCCUUUGCGGAACAACACUACCGCACCGCAGCUUCAAUCAACCCCACCAACGCCGUUCUCGUCUGCUGCAUCGGCCUGGUACUCGAGAAGUUGAAGAAUCCCAAAGCCGCACUGAUACAGUAUACCCGAGCAUGCGAGCUGUCAGAGAAGAGUGCUCUAUGUCGGUUCAAGAAGGCAAGGGUACUGAUGACGUUGCAGGAGCCUGAGCGGGCGCUGGUGGAGUUGCGGGUUCUGAAGGACAUUGCGCCGGAUGAGGCCAACGUGCAUUUCUUGCUAGGUAGGGCUUACAAGCAGCUGAGGCAGAAGGGAAGUGCAAUCAGGCAUUUCACUAUGGCAUUGAAUUUGGACCCAAAGGCUUCACAUUACAUCAAAGAAGCGAUGGAGCAGAUGGAAGAUGACGAUGACGACGAGGAUAUGUGA